AGGCUGUUGGUCACAGGAGAGCACAGCGAUCUCAUCAUCACCUGCAAUGGCCACAAGUGGAGCGUACACAAGGCCAUCGUGUGUCUCGCUUCAGACUUUUUCCAGGCUUGCUGCAAGAACUUCAAGGAGGCGUCUAGCGGUGUCAUCGACCUGCCUGACGACAGAUCGGACGCUGUAAAUGCGCUGCUGUGGUACGCUUAUACCGCCAAUUACGACGAUACCAAAGAAUGUAGUGUAUCCGACGGCCAGCUCAUCCCACGGCCGAUGCUCUUCAACGUCCUCGUACAUACUGUCGGCGAUAAGUACGGGAUGCGCAAUCUGUGCCAACUCGCCGAGGCCAAAUUCGAAAAGCAUGCUACCACGGAAUGGCGAAGCGACGGAUUUGCCGACGCCAUCAUCGAGAUGUCUUUGACGUCGCCGGAUCCCAAGAGAGUUCUCCUCAAGAUUGCCGCUGAGAUUGCGAUCACGCAUGCCGCUGAUCUAUUCACGGGCGAGGAG